AACCGUGAAGUACUCUCGCGAGAUUCCAGGCCGUCACAUGAUCAUGUUGGGAGAAAACCAGGAAAUCGUGGGUUGUGUAGAGUGAAAGAAGAGGAACAUAUGCUUUAAUCAUCGUUUUCGAUCAUGUCUCUUUAUAAAAACAGUCAGUUUUUGGUUUUGUUAGCAUUAAGUACUUACGCCCUCGCGUCUAGCGUCGGAGGAAACCUUACCGCUUCAGAUUCAGCGGACAAACUGAAACAAAGCCUGUCUUUGAGCCCUGCUGCUCCUGUUGUUGUUGGGGUUGACUCGCCUGUGUUUAAGCCCGGUGUGGACUCCCUCUUCUCCCUCAAUCUGCUGUCUUCCUUCCCAGAAGACCUGGAGAUCAGCGACUACUGCAGCGAUCUGCUUCACAUAUUCGGACAGCGGUAUGUCGCCUAUGUCAACUGCUUGGUGACUGCUGCCCGACCUGUUAAAGUUUGCCAGAACUGUUUCUCCAGUUAUGGCAGCCUCACGAACAUCUAUACAAACAUAUCAUCAGACCAGAUGGGUCCUGGUAAUGUGAGCUGCAGGGACAGCCUUCUGCGCAGUGAUCAUCUGAUGCUGGUUUAUCUGCUGUACAGCAACAUGGAAGACAUUUGGACGAAAUCAGCCUGUGACAACUGCAUCAAGGGAUUCCAGAGUCUGACCAAUGACACGCUGUACUUCAUAAGCACUCUCAACCAAACUCUCACCUGCUUUGAGAAGUAUCAACAGGGGAAUCAUACAGAGCUGUGCAAAGACUGUAAGAAUGCAUACAGAGACCUGAAUGAGCUGUACAGCAGAAUGGAGACAAAUCUGACUAUGUGUAUUGACAUAGAGGAUUCGAUGAAUAUGACUCGCAGACUGUGGAGUAAGAACUUCAAUUGUUCCUUCCCCCGUGAGGAGACGGUGCCUGUCAUUGCUGUGUCCAGCUUCAUGCUCUUUCUGCCCAUCAUCUUCUACUUGAGCAGCUUCCUUCACUCCGAACAAAAGAAACGCAAGCUCAUACACCCCAAACGGGCAAAGUCAUACACCACUCUGAUGAACAUUCAGGACAAACUGAGCUGAAGAGGAGACAGGUGAAGACUGAAAUGAAGGACAACACUCUUUUAGUGGAAGUCACAACCUGGGAGAAGAUUUGACUCCUCAUCGUGUUGUGUCUGAGGUUUGAAUGUAGAGGACUCAGGAGGCUGCAAUACUGAUCAGUAUUCAGAGGACUUCAAUGAUCUAGAUAAACGAAAGUGAAAUGAUUUGGGCACAUUAAACAUUUGCUUUCAUAUUCUUCAAAUAUUCUUCUCUUUUAGAAAACAAACAAAUUGUAAGUGACAUUUUGGAUAUUUAUUAAGCGGGCUAUGUUUGAAUCAAAGUAUAUCUGACUUUAUAAACUACUAAUCAGAUGGUUGUUAAUUGUUGCUGCACAGAUCCUGGCCUCUCCUUCCUUUCAACUCGUUAACAAUCUUCAUGUUGUACAUGUCACAGCUAACGUGUGUAUGUGCGCUAUUUAUGGCUUGAGAAAUGGGUUUUCUGUCUCUAAUGUAUGUCCAGAAGAGAGCUGCAAAAAAGGAAGCACUUGAUGUCCAUUAGUGGUGACAUGUAUCUGCUGUAAGAAGAGGGGGUGCACAUCAGUAGGGGGGGGGUAAAUAAAGACAUAACACACAUAAUGUAAGAGCACUCCAGAGUACCACACUGUGAUGUUACCUGUUUUCCAGUUAGUGUUUAUGUGGUUGCAUAAAGCUUUUAAUGUGCUUUGUUGUUGUUUCCCACUGAUAUUUAACCUAAUUUGUUAAGGGGUUUCUGGCUACUCAUGACAGUGAAGUCCUUUAUGAGUUACGAGGGUUGAAUUGAUGAAUUAGAAAUUAAUUUGCUGUGAAGUAAUGUAAAUGUUAAUUUUGAAUGCAUAAUCUCAAAUAAAUACUUUUAUGUCAGAAACAACCUGCA